AUGGUGUUCAACAUACUGAUAGCAUCGUCUGUGAUCAAAACGGCCACCGUCGUUGGCUCUAGUCUGUGGCUGAUCCCGUUUCUGCUCGGGGCCAUCUCCUACUAUCGGUACGAUCGGGUUGAUCCGGAGUCGCGCGUCAUCAACCAGGAGGCGCUGCAGUCGGAGUACGACUUCGUCGUGGUCGGUGGCGGUUCGGCCGGGGCCGUCGUCGCGAACCGGCUGACCGAGGUGCACCGAUGGAAGGUGCUGCUGUUGGAGGCCGGUCCAGAUGAGAACGAAAUCUCGGACGUCCCGUCACUGGCUGGCUACCUGCAGCUGAGCAAACUCGACUGGGCGUACAAGACGGAGCCGACGGGAAAGGCGUGUCUGGGCAUGGUCAACAAUCGGUGCAACUGGCCACGUGGCAAAGUCCUGGGUGGCUCGUCCGUGCUGAACUACAUGAUCUACGUGCGCGGGAACCGGCACGACUUCAAUCAUUGGGAAUCCCUGGGGAAUCCGGGCUGGGGAUUCGACGACGUCCUGCAGUACUUCAUCAAGUCGGAGGACAACCGGAACCCGUACCUGGCGCGCAACCCGUACCACGGCCAGGGCGGUUUCCUGACGGUGCAGGAGGCUCCCUGGCAUACUCCGCUGGUGGCGGCUUUCGUCGAGGCGGGCACCGAGCUGGGGUACGAGAACCGGGACAUCAAUGGCGAGCGACAGACCGGAUUCAUGAUCGCCCAGGGCACGAUCCGACGUGGCAGUCGCUGCAGCACGGCCAAAGCGUUCCUGCGGCCGAUCCGGUUGCGCAAGAACCUGCACAUCGCGAUGAACGCCCACGUCACGAAGGUCGCCAUCGACCCGGACACGAAGCACGCGGUCGGCGUGGAGUACUACCGGGGCGGCAAGCGUCACUUUGUGCGGGCCAAGAAGGAGAUCAUCCUGGCGGCCGGGUCAAUCAACACGCCGCAACUGCUGCUUCUGUCGGGGGUUGGCCCGAGGGCACACCUGGCCGACGUCGGCAUCCCGACGAUCCAGGAUCUGCCGGUCGGCGAGAACCUGCAGGAUCACGUCGGGAUGGGAGGGCUGACGUUUCUGGUCGACAAGCCGGUCGCGAUCCUGCAGAACCGGCUCGAGGCCGGCUCGGUCACGAUGAACUACGUGAUCAACGAGCGAGGCCCGAUGACCAUCCUGGGCGGUCUGGAGGGCAUCGCGUUCGUGAACACUCCGUUCGCAAACCUCACCGACGACUGGCCCGACAUCCAGUUCCACAUGGCGCCCGCUUCGCUCAACUCGGACGGGGGUGCCCGGGUCAAGAAGAUCCUUGGCCUGCGGGAAGACCUCUACAAGGAGGUGUUCCACCCGAUCGAGGACACGUACAGCUGGACGAUCAUGCCACUGCUGUUACGGCCCCGAUCCCGCGGCUGGGUGCGGCUCAAGUCGAAGAACCCGUUCCACUAUCCGCUCAUGAACCCGAACUACUUCGAAGAUCCGUACGACGCGGCCACGCUCGUCGAGGGUGCGAAGAUUGCGCUGCGUGUCGGUGACGCCAAGGUGUUCAAACAGUUUGGCAAUCGGCUCCACCGGAAGCCGCUACCCAACUGCCGGCAGCACAAAUUCCUGUCGGACGCGUACCUUGACUGUCAGGUGCGGACUAUCUCGAUGACGAUCUACCAUCCGGUUGGGACCGCGAAGAUGGGACCCCACUGGGACCCGGGAGCCGUCGUCGACCCGAGGCUUCGCGUGUACGGUGUGUCCGGAUUACGCGUGGUCGACGCCAGCAUCAUGCCGACGAUCGUCAGCGGCAACACGAACGCGGCCGUCAUCAUGAUCGGCGAAAAGGGCGCCCACAUGAUCAAGGAGGACUGGCUCGGGCAGGAUCGGUGA